AUGAUCCAACCAUACAAGGUCCCUCAUAGCCACCACCACGAGAUCGAUGCUCGCGAGCCCCAGCAUUCGUUUUCGCUCUUUCACGGAUUCAAUUUCCCUAGCAUCCUUAAGCGCCGCUGGCUUUUCAAAUCCGACGAUCCCAAUUCCCUCGAGCACUGCCCCCUGCUCCUCCCUCCACUGUCCUUCGCAGAGAAGUAUGGCAGUUGCCAGAAGAUCCUUCACUAUGGCACCAAGAGCUCCGUACGACUUUAUGCACGACCUGAUACUUCCUCAAUUCGAUCUCCUGCGCUCAGACAUCAACAGCAGGUCCUCCAACUUCACGUCGUGAAGAUCUUCCGUCAUUCAUCCAAUCCCUCGAUCAUCGCAGCCCAGCGAUUCGAACAAGCCCUCUCAUCGGCGAUCUCUCAUCCGAAUGUCUGUCGCACUCGCGAUGUUCUGCUCAACGAGCGCGGCGAGAUGUGCCAGGUUAUGGAUUACUGCGCCGGCGGAGACCUCAACAUGCUCAUCGCGACGUCGCCGCGUCGGGGUCUGGACGUUUGCGCCGCGAACUGUUUCUUCAAGCAGAUCAUCCGGGCGGUAGCAUUUUUGCAUGAGAAAGGCAUUGCACACUGCGAACUGAAGCCGGAAAAUGUAUUGUUGACUCCGAACGGGGCGGUGAAACUUGCGGAUUUUGGAAGUGCACAGUGGUUGGGGAUAAAGACGGCGACAGGAAGCAAAGAGGGUGAUGAGGAGGAGGAGGAGGAUGAGGAGGAGGAUGAAGAGAUGGACAGAGCAAUGCGUCCCUCUCGCUCCCAAUCACUGACUCUGUCUUUGUUUCCUCAAACUGCUCAGCCGCCGUUCUACUCGCCGCCGCGAAAAAUACUUGGCUCAAUCGCCUAUCUUCCGCCAGAGGAAUUCCGUCCCCAGCAUGGCAGGCCGGAUCGUCGAGUCGGCGAUGUAUGGGCAGCCGGUUUAAUGUACAUGGUUAUGAGAUGUGGUCGCUUACUCUGGCGAACGGCAUGCGAGAAUGAAGACGGCGGGUAUCGAUCCUAUCUACAUGGUCGUCAACAGGCCGAGGGAUACUUCCCCAUCGAGGAGCUGGGAGACGUUCGCUGUCGAAAUGUGGCUUAUGCGAUGCUGCAUCCUGAUCCCAGCCGGAGGAUUAAGACUGCUGAUGUGCUUCGGUCUGAGUGGUUGUACAAUGUGAGGCUUUGCGAAGCGGGAGAGAUGGGAUUGUAA